AUGUUCGCAUUCAUCAUAUUUUUCUCCUUCGUCUCUAGCCUCUUCUCUUCUUGUUCCAUUUUUUUUCGACUCGUUAUUUUUACGUCAAUCUCGCCGGAUUGCGACUACUUGUGCAGGCGAAAAACCUUGAUUAAAAUAAGGUUCCAUUUUGAGAUGAAGAAACAUCAACUGCUGGAGGCUGCUGAAGAAAAAUUGGUCGAGUUGGAGAAUGCUAAACGCCGUCUCUAUCAAAAUUCUUCAGAGCUCAAAUCCCAGAUCCAUUCACAGAUGAGUCGGCUCUUAGAAGCUCUUCGUAAUCGAGAGGUCCAAUUGCUCAACCAAGUUGAUCAAAUACAAACUCAAAGGGAAGAAGCCUUGCAUAAGCAACAUGCUGUCCUUAGCCGAAGUCUUGGUCAGCUACAGCGUGCUGUUGUCUCACCUGAAGAAGAUCUUGAUGAGAAAUUUGAAAAGUUGAGUUUAAGUGAUUUAACACCUGAAGAACUUCCUUAUAUGACUUUCAAAGGAACACCCAUUGGUCUGAAUGAUGUGUUGAUGAACUUUGGUAGAAUCACUGCCAAUGGAAUUCCCUUACCUGACAAUCGUUCUGCCAGCCUACCAAAGCAGUUUGAAGAUUAUGGUGAUGCUGAACAUCAUGUUCUUUACAAGACUGUAGAAAAAAUUCAACAAGGUCCAAACACAGAAAAGAAAAUUUAUGUUAACAUCCCACGACUUAGAAGUGCAAGUCCCAGUGAAUGGUUGGCAAAAAAAACUUCAGUGACUACAACCAUUGCUCCAUCAACUCCAGGUUCAUUUGCCAAAUAUAUGUUUGCUCCAUUCAAAGAUAGCAAGUUAAGUAGCUGGUUGGCUGAGAGUUCUUCGUCACUGACAACUGUCUGUCAACCAUACACAAUGUGUCUGCCUCAAAUGACCAAGAACACCAGCAUCCAGCAUUGGUUGCAUCAGAUCAAGCAAAACCCUGACAAUGAGGAAGACGGAUUUGAAAUGCUGGAUAGAGGUGAACUUAGUAGUGAUGGAGAUACUGAUUCUAUUGAGAUUGUGUCAUCGAGCCCACCCUCUGUGGUAUAUGGUCCUCAAUACAAGACUGCUGGUGACAAGAGAUGCCGUGAUACAGACAACAGUCAAUGGCUCUCUUCUCCUAAACGUAAAGUGAUGGCUAUGGAAAAAUCAACCAAUUUACCUACAUUCUCUUACUUUAAAAAGCUUGCUGCACAGGACCUCAGCAUUUGGCUUGCAAAGAAAAAGUCCAACAGUUCAGUGAGUAAAUCCAAUUGUUGCAGCACCACUGAUGUAAAGAAUUCCCUGCUUAGGACAGCUCCAUACCUAUUCCCGUCUUAUUUUUCGACAGAGAUGGCUGAAAUCUUCCCUUCAGCCAACAACUGUUUCCUUCCGAGUACCUCUCAUUGUGACAACUCUUUGCCACACUAA